AUGUAUGGGGCACGCAAACGGAUGCUGGGUAUGCCCACGCCGUCCACCACCACCAACAAAACCUUCCACUACAUCUACUCUGCCGAGGUCGCCGCCCUUAACGUCCGUGUCCGCAUGGUGGGCCUUGUGCCGGCGUGGCUCGAGUUUCCGGUCCGCUACGCCGAUUUACCACGGUCGGCCGUGCUUGUGGCCACGUUGUGGAAUGUAGCUGCGCCAGAAGCGGCAUCACCACUCGGAUCGGCCGUCUUUCCGCUCUUCCGCUCAAACGGCGUCCUGGCCAAGGGCAAGCACUCGCUGGCGCUGAGCCCGGCGCAGAUUGCCUCGCCGCUGCACGGGUUGGACGCAGGCUUUGGUUCUGGGCGAGACGUGCCGCGGAUGGCCCAGCCGCCGCCACCAGAGCCUGGAUCGCUCGAGGCCACGUACGCCAAUGUGGCGGCUGGCAUGCGGGCGUACGACCAGGGCGACGUGCCACGGGUCGAGUGGCUGGAUGCUCUUGCCUUUGAGCAUGUCCACGCGCUCAAGGCCCGCGCGCAGCAUGUGGCCGGUGCGUCCGCAGCUGGUGACACCCUCGUCAUCGAGCUCGUCACCUUUGACUACCCGGUCCUCGCCACUCCGCUCGAGGAGGUUGUCGAGCUCGCCGGCGGCCCGCCACCAUUUCCGAACUUUGCCACCAACGCCCUCGUCACCGUCUGCGAUCCGUUUGUCGGCGUUGACUCCAACCCGGUUGAAGCCAAGCAUCGCCGACUGGCUCGCUCGCAUCGCAAGGGCUUCCUCGACCACAACCUCAAGCCCAACUCGGCCGAGCGCCGCGCACUGCAUGCCAUCAUCACCGCUCCGCCUACCGCACCCAUCUCCGAUGAGCACUCGGAGCUGUUGUGGAAGUUCCGCUACGCGCUCGUCUCCAAUCCGCGCGCCCUCGGUCCGUUCCUCCGCACCAUCGAGUGGUCCGAUCCCGGCGAGGUCGACCUCGUCGCCUCGCUCCUCCCCUCUUGGGCGCCCAUCUCGGUUGAGCAGGCGCUUGAGCUGCUGCUGUUCCGCAAUCCCUCGGUCCGCCUUCUCGCCCUCGACGUGCUCCAGUCGGCCUCGGACGAGAAAAUUCUCAUGUACCUGCUGCAGCUCGUCCAGUGCCUCCGCUACUCGCCUGCUCCUGGCCCGGACUCGCCACUCGGCCGUUUUCUCCUCACCCGCGCCCUCGCCAACGCCCGCGUCGGCAACUUCCUUGUCUGGUACCUGCAGGUCGAGUGCGAGGACAAGGCGUACGGCAAGAUGUUCCACAACUUUAUCGUCUCGUUCGAGGCCUCGGUCAACGACGCCCACUCGCAGCUAACGCUGCCGGCAACCGGCGGUGGCAGUGCCGACCCGCUCUCUGCCGGCACCACCCUCCCCCUGCCAACAAGCAAGGUCUCGGGCGCAUCGGCGCUGGCAACGUCGGUGGCAGACUCGACCAUGGGCCUCUUCUCUUCGGCACUCGCGUUUGUCACCGGCGAGUCGAGCUCCAUGCCAGCCGGCGACGCCCACGCUACGUCGUCGCCAGGCUCGUCGACCGGCGGCUCGGCUUCGCUGAGCGGCUCGGCAUCCGCCACACCGCUCGCUCCGCGCUACGACAUGAUUGUCCGCCAGCGCAACUUGCUCGCCCACCUCAACGCACUCUACUCGGAGCUCCGCAAGCAGCGCGAUCGCAAGAAGAACAUCACCCGGCUGCAGCAGGGUCUCUCCUCGCGCGGCGAGUUCUCGGAGCUGGCAAGCUUCAAGCCGGUCGAGCUCCCGCUCAAUCCGGACAUAGUUGUCGUCGGCCUCGACGGCGCCGAGUGCACCAUGCUCAAGUCGGCGCUCACCCCGCUCCUCCUCACCUUUAUCACCGCCGCUGGCGGUAGGUACAAGGUUCUGUUCAAGGCCGGCGACGACCCGCGCCAGGACCAGCUCGUCAUUCAGCUCAUCCGGCUCAUGGACUCGCUGCUCCUCAAAGAGGCGCUCGACCUCAAGCUCAUGCCGUACUCUGUCCUCGCGGCGUCAUCCAACGACGGGCUCAUCGAGUUUGUCGAUGGCUCGCACAACGUCUCGCGCGUGAUCAAAGAGCACAAGGCCGGCAUCCUCGGCUUCUUCCGCAAGGUCGCGCCCGACCCUAACGGGCCGUACCAGAUCUCCGAGGCCGUCCUCGACACCUUUGCCCGGUCGUGCGCAGGAUACUCGGUCAUCACAUACAUCCUCGCCGUCGGCGACCGCCAUCUCGACAACCUUCUUCUCACCGACUCGGGCCAGCUCUUCCACAUCGACUUUGGCUACAUCCUCGGCAAGGACCCAAGCCGCUGCCGCCGCCCAUGA